AUGGCGGGGAGGGGGAGCAGGAGGCUGCGAAAUGGCGGGGGGACCCCCGAGUUCUCCAUGUCGCUGGUGUGGGGCCAGCGGCAGCCGGGCCGGGCUGGGGGUGCCCUGGGAAGUGGGCAGCAGUCAGUGACAGGAGUUGAAGCUUCAGAUGAUGCCAACAGCUACUGGCGGAUUCGUGGGAAGAGCGAUGGCAGCUGCCAGCGAGGAGCACCGGUGAAAUGUGGGCAAGCGAUACGGCUCACGCACGUUAGCACGGGGAAGAACCUGCACACGCAUCACUUCCCAUCACCGCUCUCCAAUAACCAAGAAGUAAGUGCCUUUGGUGAUGAUGGUGAAGGAGAUGACCUGGAUAUAUGGAUUGUACAGUGCAGUGGGACACACUGGGAGCGGGAUGAUGCUGUGCGCUUCAAACACGUGGGGACUGAUGUGUUCCUUUCAAUAACUGGGGAACAAUAUGGGCACCCAAUUAGAGGCCAACGGGAAGUUCAUGGCAUGACUACUGCUAAUCACCACAACUACUGGAAAGCCAUGGAAGGAGUUUUCAUCAAACCCAGUAUGGACCCUGCAAAACAUGAUGAGCUCUGAAUUGGUCAGAGGAUCCAAAAUGCUUCUGUUUACUCCAGUGUUGGGAGAUGCGAAUCCUUGGUCUCUUUUAAGUCCUGCCUUGCCUAAGUGACUGACUUUCUGUAUUACUGAAGGGCAUUAGUUUGUUCUAGGAAUGCAGCACUUCUGUGAGGAAUGGCAUCUGCCAGGAUUAGACCCUGAAAGUUGGCAAAAUCCUCCCUGAAUUUUGACUUUACUUGUUGAAAAUAGUUCACAUGUCUGUUAGUUUUCACUGUAAUUUGUUUUACUUGUCACUUUCUCUCAAAUUCAAAGGAAACGGAAAAAUUGAAGUAAUGGAUUUCUGUAGUCCCAAGUACAAUAAAAACUUGUAUUUUGUAUUUCUUUCUGUUAUAAUUAAAUAUUGGAAAACUUACAUUGCUUCUUAGAGAGCAAUAUUAAUGAAGAGAUGGAGUAAACCUAGAAAGGAGGUUUUUUUUCCUCAAGUAUGGUGUCUUUUGAAUGAUUUUGAGGUGGUGGUUCGGCCUUCCUGAAAAGCAUUUAUGGUCAUUUGAAAAUCACUUCCAGUGUCUUUUUUUUUAAUGAGUUUCAAUGUGUACUAUAUUGGAGAGUUACAAAUAUGUAUGUUGGAGUAAGAACUUUGUUUUCACAUUCUUUUAACCUCAUUUUCACCAAGAAGUUCAGAUUCUUGCAUUUAUACCAUGGCAUUUCUGCUAAUUAUCCAG